AUGGCCACGCCCGUCUCAGAUGCCGUCCUCACCCAGAUCCUCGCUCAGCUCGACGCUCUCCAGGUCUCCCAGCAGACCCUCCAGGCAAAGGUGAAUCCCUCCCCAUCUCGCCCUUUGUCCACCUUGCACGGUUCGCGCGAUGCUAACGAUCUCCUCGCUCAGCUUGAUGCGCUGAGCACACGUUCGUCUGCGAGCCCGGCCUCGUCCCCGGGUCGCGUCACCACACCCAUUCCGCCCAUUGGCGACGCCAUUAUGGCAGCCGAGGGUCCCACCUCGUCCCCGCACACCGGGACGUCUCCCGCUCAAGGCAGCCCUCUCAGCGACAAGGAAAGGGAGAGGCUUCUCUAUCCUUCGCGCGUCCUGCUUACCACCUACCCGGACCAGCACGGGAUUAAGCCCUACCCUCUUCAAUGGGGAGCUACCGACCCGUCUGUGCGUGGCCCCGUCAUCUGCUCGCGUCUCCCGUCAACAAUCAAACAACGGAAUGCGAUCGGUGCGCACUCCGGCUCAUAUUCGAUCUACCGCGCCCUUGCCGUCGCGAUGGGCACGCUCGACCCCGCCCACAAGCCCGACUACUCCAAGACAGAGCCUGCUGUGUCCGUACCGCCCCAGCCUUCGUGGUCCGACCCGCACAAGAUCGUCUCCUUCGACCCGUGGGGCCACCUUGUCCCGCAGGUGUACCGGCGCGAACUCGAAGAGCUCGGGCUGGACGUGCGCCCGAGCAUCGCGGUCACACGCGCGCACAUGAAGCUGAGCGAGAUCGACGAGACGGCGCGCAAGGGCCUUCUUGAGAUUGACGGCAAGAUCCUGCUCAAGAGUCACCCGCUCGUCAACGCGGACGGCACCCAGAGCGAUGCGGACCCCGGCGUCGAGAUAAGUAUCAGCAAAGCUGCCGUCGAGCCCGUGUGGUACCUCCCUGGUGUCGCGGAACGGUUCGGCAUAUCCGAGGGCCUCCUCCGUCGAAUGUAUCCUGAGCUGAUCACACGACCUGACAUUAAGGUCUUCCUGCCGCCCAUCGGCAACCUGACCGCAUACAUCUUCGGCAACCCGGCCUACCUCUCGGACGAGACCAAGGAGCUCACCCUGCGCGUCCACGACGAGUGCAACGGCUCUGACGUGUUCGGCUCGGACAUCUGCACAUGCAAGCCGUAUCUCACCUAUGCGAUCGAGGAGUGCAUCCGCGGCGCGCAGCGCGGCGGCGUCGGCCUCGUCGUCUACUUCCGCAAGGAGGGCCGCGCGCUCGGCGAGGUCACUAAGUACCUCGUCUACAACCUCCGCAAGCGCGGCGGCGACUCGGCCGACAAGUACUUCAAAGCCACCGAGCUCAUCGCCGGCGUCAAGGACAUGCGCUUCCAGGCCCUCAUGCCCGACGUCCUCCACUGGUUCGGCAUCAAGAAGAUCGACAACAUGGUGUCGAUGAGUGACAUGAAAUACAACGCGAUCGUCCAGUCCGGGAUUCCCAUUAUCAAGCGCUACGACAUCCCCGAGCACCUCCUCCCGCCCGACUCGCGCGUCGAGAUCGACGCGAAGAUCGCCGCCGGCUACUUCACGAGCGGCAAGCAGAUCACCGAGGCCGACCUCGUCAAGACCGUCGGCCGCACCUGGGAGGAGACUGAGCACUGA